AAAAAAAAAAAAAAAGAGGGAGAAGAGCAACGAAGACGGACCUGCAAAUUCUGCAGUCUCCACUGACACUUUCGAUCUUUCUGUCUUUUCACCUUCUGCAAUCUUCAGUUUAUGGAAGGAGAUACUCAUCAGAGGUAGCAUUUCUCCAUGCAUCCCAAGCGAUCUAGCCAAGGAGAUGGGUCAGUUACUCAGCCAGUUAGAAGCAGUGAUAGGCUUAGGAGGAGGCCCAAAUCGUUUGGUCGCUCAUACUAUUUUUACUCACCAAAUUCGUUACAUAAUAGGAAAAGAAAAACCAAGACAAGAACGGCAGCCUCCCAGAUCGCAAAGAUGCUGCACAAAGGGAACCGUCCAGCAAGGGCAUCCAAUGCCACGCCAAUUGCAUCCGACCUCCGGCGUUCCACAAGGAAGAGAAGAAUUUCUGUAAAUCUUGAGGACUAUACGGAUAGUUCUGGAGCAGAGGAUGAAGAUAUGAUGAGUCCAGCAUAUCGAACUUUGAGGAAUCGAGUUAAUAAAAAAUUCUCAACUUCAAAAAGUAGAAAGGGCAUGGAAACUGAAUUGGCACCACGGCGUGAAGGUCUCCGUCCUCGUCGUUCAAAAACAAUUGCUAACAAACGACUGAAAACAGAAUCCGGCGCUGAUCAAGAUACAUCAGAGGAGAAAGAUGGCCAGGAUGAAACCGAGAAUGGGAAUGAAUUAGAUGAUCAUGAUGUAGAUGAUGGUGAAGAUGAGGUUGAAGUUGAAAACGAGGGUAAUGGAGAAGAUGAGGGUGAUGGCGAAGAUGAGGAAGAAGAAGAUGGUGAUGAUGAUGAGGAGGGUGAUGAAGAGCAGGAGGGAAGGAAGAGAUAUGAUCUGCGAAACCGUGCUGAAGUGCGGAGGAUGCCUACAGAAGGAAUUAACAAGCAACAACAACCUAGAUCUCCGCGGAGAGUGUUGCAUCAAGGCAUGGGCACAAGGGUUGGAAGAGAUGCUAGGAGAGGUGGGUCUCGGCCUCACAAACGCCAUCGCUUUACAAGAGGUGGACUAUCUGAAUACAUUAAUGAUUUGAAGGAAAUGGUUUUCUUUCCGUUGCUGUAUCCAGAGUUCUUUGCAAGUUAUAGUAUUACUCCUCCCAGAGGUGUAUUGCUAUGUGGUCCUCCAGGCACUGGUAAAACGCUGAUUGCUCGAGCAUUAGCAUGUGCUGCUUCAAAAGCUGGACAGAAAGUUAGCUUUUAUAUGCGAAAGGGUGCUGAUGUUCUUAGCAAGUGGGUUGGUGAGGCUGAGAGACAACUAAAGCUACUCUUUGAGGAGGCUCAGCGAAAUCAGCCUUCCAUAAUCUUUUUUGAUGAAAUUGAUGGUCUUGCUCCUGUAAGAUCUAGCAAACAAGAACAAAUACAUAAUUCUAUUGUUUCAACUUUGCUGGCGCUGAUGGAUGGCCUUGAUUCUCGUGGUCAAGUUGUUCUCAUUGGAGCAACAAACAGGGUAGAUGCAAUAGAUGGAGCGCUACGCCGCCCUGGCAGAUUCGAUAGGGAGUUCAAUUUUUCUUUACCAGGCUGCGAAGCUCGAGCAGAGAUAUUGGAUAUUCACACUCGUAAAUGGAAGGAUCCACCUACCAGGGAGCUUAAAGAAGAGCUGGCAGCUACUUGUGUAGGAUAUUGUGGUGCUGAUCUAAAAGCUUUGUGCACUGAAGCUGCCAUUCGUGCUUUUCGUGAAAAAUAUCCACAAGUUUAUACAAGUGAUGAUAAAUUUGCCAUAGAUGUUGGGUUGGUUAAGGUUGAGAAGAGCCACUUUGUAGAGGCAAUGUCAGCUAUUACUCCUGCUGCCCAUAGAGGGUCUGUUGUGCAAUCCAGACCACUCUCUCCGGUUGUAUUGCCAUGUUUACAUCGACACCUCCUUGAAUCCAUGAGCUUAAUAUCAGAUAUUUUUCCCUCAUCAGCCACGUCGUCAGAGUUGACAAAGCUGUCAAUUCUUUCAUUUGGAUCUGCUAUUCCUCUUGUUUAUCGUCCUCGACUUCUGCUGCUUGGUGGUGAAGGAGUUGGACUGGAUCAUCUUGGGCCUGCAAUUUUACAUGAGCUAGAAAAAUUUCCUAUUCAUUCUCUGGGACUUCCAUCUCUCCUUUCCGAUCCUGGAGCAAAGACCCCGGAGGAGGCGCUAGUACAUAUAUUUAGUGAAGCUAGGAGAACGACACCUUCAAUACUUUACAUACCGAUGUUUAAUAAUUGGUGGGAAAAUGCUCAUGAACAGCUUAGGGCUGUAUUCCUGACUUUGUUAGAAGAAUUGCCAUCAAAUCUACCCAUAUUAUUACUUGCUACAUCUUAUGGCGAAUUAUCUGACAUGGAAGAGCAGUCAGUAUUUGACAAUAGAUCUGUAUAUAAUGUGGACAAACCAUCAAGCGAAGACAGGUCUUUGUUCUUUGACCGUUUGAUUGAAGCUGCUCUCUCAGUCAUUUCAGGCUUAAACGGCAAAUCUGAUGGACGACAAUCCCUCCCAGAACUUCCCAAGGUUCCAAAAGAACCUACUGGUCCAAAACCCGCAGAAAUAAAAGCCAAGGUGGAAGCUGAGCAGCAUGCCCUUCGACGAUUGCGUAUGUGUCUCAGAGAUGUUUGCAAUAGGAUACUAUAUGAUAAAAGAUUCAGCGCAUUUCACUUCCCAGUUACUGACGAGGAUGCUCCGAACUACCGCUCUAUAAUUCAAAAUCCAAUGGAUACGGCUACUCUGCUGCAGCGUGUCGAUUCUGGGCAGUAUCUAACAUGUUCACCGUUCUUGCAAGAUGUUGAUCUCAUUGUGAGAAAUGCCAAGGCUUACAAUGGAGAUGAUUAUGCUGGAGCAAGAAUUGUCAGUCGAGCCAAUGAGCUUCGAGAUGUAGUGCACGGGAUGCUGUCACAGAUGGACCCAGCACUGCUAACAUAUUGUGAUAAGAUUGCCGCUGAAGGUGGUCCUUCACAGAUACCAGAUGAUCUGAGUGGAUCUCUCCUUGGUUUAGCUCCUGUUGUGCAGAUGGGAACUGUUCCUAGAACCAGUGCCCGACUUCGAAAUGUGCAGCCAGAGAUUAAUUUAGAUCGAGAUUAUGAAGGUGUUAAAAAGCCCAAGAAAACCGUGGAUACUGUCUGUACAGAUUCAGCUGCAGACAGAGUACAACACCAAGAUUCAGACCAAGAAAUGCCAUGUCAGGAAGCGACCAACUCAAAUUCAUCAGCUCCUUCAGCAGAUGGUGAUAAAGAAGACCAAAGCGAGCAGCCAAGAAAAGAGGAGGGUCCUGGGGAAGAAGUAAGUGGUGAUUGUUCCCGCGAUUCUGCUAAGCCGGAUGAAGAAAUAUCAAAGCGAAUAGAAAUCGUAAAGGUACUACUCAUGGAGCGCACUGACAAGUACAACAUUCCGCAGAUGGAGAGGCUUUACACCCGAAUCAUGAAGGGUGUUCUUGAGACUUUGGACAAAGGGCUUCGUGAUGAUGACAACAACCCUAAGCAUUCAAUUUUGAGAUUUUUGUCGGAAUUCGCUCAGCAUGAGGCGAAUUUCUGAGGCUUAAACUUUCUCUGAUCGGUCGAUAGGUUAGAUUUGCACCUAAAAAAGAAAAAAAGGAAUGAAAGAAGCAAAAGAUUUCUUUUUUUGUUUUUUCUUGUUUUUUUUUUGUUAAGAUCCGGAUUUUUCUUUGACUGAAAAGUGACCAAGACCAAAAAGUAGUUUAUCAGUAGGAUCCUCUUGUAAAGUCGAACUUUCACCUUUGAAUCUAAAAACAGGCUUAAGAGCCAUAAAAGAAACAAAAGAUGAACGAUAUUUUAGUGA